GGGGAAGUCCAGCAUAUGGUUUUGCAGACCUUGCUUACAGCUUCUUUGCAGUGUAAGCAUAGAAUAUAUACACCUGGGAAAGCGAUUAGAGAGAGAUGAACUUCCAGCACAGAGCUCACCCUUACCCCAUCCCGGAGGAUGAAGAGGUUGUACACAAGGUCGCUCCUGAUGCUCACAACUCUGCAGGAAAUGAAGGCGAGAAACCGGUGUCAAAAUUGCAACGUAGACACAGUGACAUAAAACUCUACAAAGAGUUUUGUGACUUUUAUGCAAGAUUCAACAUGGCGAACGCGCUUGCAAAUGCCAUCUGCGAGCGCUGCAGAGGUGGCUUUGCCCCUGCCGAAAAAAUUGUCAACAGCAACGGUGAGCUGUACCACGAGCAGUGCUUCGUCUGCGCCCAGUGCUUCCAGCAGUUCCCCGAAGGGCUCUUCUACGAGUUUGAAGGGAGGAAGUACUGCGAACAUGAUUUUCAAAUGCUUUUUGCCCCUUGCUGCCACCAGUGUGGUGAGUUUAUUAUUGGUCGUGUUAUUAAAGCUAUGAACAAUAGCUGGCAUCCAGAGUGCUUCUGCUGUGAUAUCUGCCAACAAGUAUUGGCCGAUAUUGGAUUUGUCAAGAACGCCGGCAGACAUCUCUGCCGUCCUUGCCAUAACAGGGAAAAAGCCCGAGGCCUGGGAAAGUAUAUUUGCCAGAAGUGUCAUGCCAUUAUUGAUGAACAGCCUCUCAUAUUCAAAAAUGAUCCUUAUCACCCUGAUCAUUUCAACUGUGCAAACUGCGGGAAGGAACUUACUGCUGAUGCUCGUGAGUUGAAGGGAGAAUUAUACUGCUUACCCUGCCAUGACAAAAUGGGUGUCCCUAUCUGUGGGGCAUGUAGAAGACCAAUUGAAGGCCGUGUGGUGAAUGCUAUGGGCAAACAAUGGCAUGUGGAGCAUUUUGUUUGUGCAAAAUGUGAAAAGCCAUUCCUGGGUCAUCGUCAUUACGAGAGAAAAGGCUUGGCGUAUUGUGAAACCCACUACAAUCAGCUAUUUGGUGAUGUUUGUUUCCAUUGCAACCGUGUGAUUGAAGGAGAUGUUGUGUCUGCUCUGAAUAAGGCAUGGUGUGUGAACUGUUUCGCUUGUUCAACUUGCAACACUAAGUUAACACUCAAGAAUAAAUUUGUUGAGUUUGAUAUGAAGCCUGUCUGCAAAAAGUGUUACGAGAAGUUUCCUCUAGAGCUGAAGAAAAGACUGAAGAAACUAGCUGAAACUUUGGGAAGGAAGUAAAGACUUCAUCUGCUCUCCCCUUCCUUUGUGAAAAUCUUAUACGUAUUAGUUGGCGGGGGGGGUGCUUUGAGGCUGCAAUCAGACAACAACUGAUGAUGUGUGCCUUCUAUCAAAUUGAAAUAUCUUAAGAUUCUCUGUUCU